AUGGAUCCCAACUAUCGAGAACAAAGGCCGGGCACCGCCUCGCUGGCGGGCCGGGAGCUGCCCAAGGACUUGGUGCAGCAGGUGUCGAAUGUGAACAUGGGCCAGCUCUUCUACAUCCUGGGGCACAUCCAGAAGCUCAGCGCGCAGGCGCCAGUCACAGCCCAGCGGAUCCUGGCGGAGAAUCCCCAGAUCUGCCAGGCGCAUCGCCGUUGGUCCCUGGCUUUGGGGGCGGUUUGGACGCUCAACGUGGCCGUAUUUUGCCAAUGCCGAGCUCCUGAUUUUUGGACGGCAUGGACCAUAGAACAUGUAGAGGUGCAAUUGCCGUGGCUAUAA